AUUUCCAAAACCAAUACCCAAGAGCUUUUCAUCCUUUUUUCUUGUAAACCAUGGGUCGAUUUUCGGUUUUGAAUCUUCUAAACGAGGUUGUGGGUAUGUUAAACGAAUCCCGAAAACUCUUUGUCAUGAACAAGAAGUUGAUGUUCGCUGUCUUGGUGUUUUAUAUCUUGCUCAAUGGUUUACUUUACUUGUUCAACGUCCUUACCAUUGCACCCGAGAUAACAAACUUGACUCAAGAUUUAAAUUUGUUACCUACGAUGGAUCCUAGCAGCCCGGAAUACAUGGCCCAACUUAUGAAAGUCUUUGCAGAGUUUCGCCUAUUUGUCGUUUCUUCAGACAUCUUUAGCGCUGUCUCCUUCAUCAUCAAACUUCUAUCCGUUGUAGUCAUUGUCCACGCUUCGGCUCUUACAUAUAAACAUGAGAAUAUCAAGUUCAAAGAUUUUGUGGUUCUAAUCCUUAAAUCUUGGAAGGGACCUCUUGUGACCUCUUUCUACAUUUCUCUCUUCAGUCUUGGCUAUUGGUUGCUCUUUGUAAUAAUCCUUUUUCCUAUCCUUUUGUCAUCUUUAAGUAUUACUUCCUUGCUUUCCUUGGCAGCCAAGGUUUUCGUUUUGCUUGUUCUGUUCGCAUUGUUUGCGUCUUAUUUAGCUAUUGUCUGGUACCUAUCUUUGGUCAUAUCAAUACUGGAGGAAACCUAUGGGAUGCAAGCUUUGGGGGAAGCUGCAAAGAUUGUUAAAGGGAUGAAGCCAAAACUAUUCCUCUUGAAUAUUUUCUUCGGUUUAUUGAUCUUUGGUGUAGCUCAGAUCGUGAUUCCAGUGAGUAUAGUGGUCGAUAAAAGCCAGUCGUUUGCGGUUAACUUAGCCACCGGUUUUGUCCUAAUGGUGUCAACAUUUGUGGUGAUGUUUCAACUUAUGACUUACACCGUUGCAUAUUUCCAAUGUAAGAGCCCCCAUGGCCAAGACGUUGAGUCGCUGCGGGAUGUUGAGUAUACGACACUACCCACUACUUCGCUUGUGGGAGCAUUGCCUUGAAAUAUUUAAAAAGACGGGCAUAAAAUGGUAUAGUCACAUGGAUGGAUUGUUUGUUUUGUUUUGGGAUUUGAUAAACUACUGUUAUAAAUAAUCAAUUGUUUUGUUGACUAUCCAGCAAUUUUUUUAAAAUAGUAAUAACAGGCUCUAGCAGCAUAUUUGCGCUUCUUCCUUUAUACCAUUUAUGCUGCGGCCGCAUAUGACAUCCAUCAG